AUGAAGACUCAUCUCUUUUUCCUUAUUCUCCUCUUUUGGGUCACAGUUUUACAAGCCAAAAAGAUGUUUCCAGAGUAUGGUAACUUGGAUUUGAGGAAUGAGUGCAAAAUGAAGAAAGGUCGCUCCAGAAGUAGCAUGCUGCCUAAGUAGAGACUUGAGAGGUGGGAAAAGGCGAGAGGAAAGUGUAAGACCUACUGUGAUGAGGAUGAUUAUGGAUACUGCAUCAGAAGGAAGAAGACAUGUUGUAUAUAA